GCAUGCGCAGCAUAACCCUGUAGUGCCGGUUCGGGUCACAAUGGUUCGGGCCCAGCCCGGUCGUGUUUGAGUGACUGGGGGCUCGUCAUGUUGGGUCUGGUGCUCCGGGGGAUCAGCGGGCCUCCGGCCCGUCUCUCUGCCCGCUCAGCUCGCCCCUUUGGCAGCUCUCCUCCGCCAGAGAUGUCCGCUGCCUCGGUCCGCAGCACCUUCCUGGACUUCUUCCAGGACAAACACCGACACCGACUGGUUCCGUCCUCCCCGGUGCGGCCCAGAGGAGACCCCAGCCUGCUGUUCGUCAACGCCGGCAUGAACCAGUUCAAACCGGUCUUCCUGGGUACCGCUGACCCCCGCAGUGAGAUGGCUUCGUACCAACGAGUCGUCAACUCUCAGAAGUGCGUCCGAGCCGGCGGGAAACACAACGACCUGGAGGAUGUCGGCCGGGACGUCUACCACCACACCUUCUUUGAGAUGCUGGGGAACUGGUCCUUUGGAGACUACUUCAAGAAGGAGGCGUGCUGCAUGGCGUGGAGCCUCCUCACAGAGCAUUAUGGGAUACCUGCUGACAGACUGUACGUGUCGUACUUUGCUGGAGACGCUGUGUCUGGGGUUCCAGCUGAUGAAGAGACUCGACACAUCUGGCUGGAGAUCGGGGUUCCUCCGGGUCGCCUCCUGCCCUUCGGCCCGAAGGAGAACUUCUGGGAGAUGGGGAACUCGGGCCCCUGUGGGCCCUGCACCGAGAUCCACUACGACCACGUUGGAGGACGAGAUGCUGCGGCGCUGGUCAACUCAGACAGUCCUGAAGUGGUGGAGAUCUGGAACCUGGUCUUCAUGCAAUACAACAGGGAAGUGGACCACAAUCUGCGGCAGCUGCCCCAGUUCAGUGUGGAUACUGGGAUGGGACUGGAGAGACUGGUGAGCGUCCUGCAGGGUAAAAGGUCAAACUACGACACUGACCUGUUCACCCCGCUGCUCCACGCCAUCCACCAGAGGUCAAAGGUCGGGCCUUACGGGGGCCGGCUGGGCGCGGUGGGCCUGGGGAAGGUGGACACGGCGUACCGGGUGGUGGCCGACCACGUCCGCACGCUAUCAGUCUGCAUCGCUGACGGAGUCCACCCCGGCAUGUCGGGAGCAGAGUUGGUGGUGAGGAGGGUUCUGAGGCGGGCGGUCCGGUUCUGUGCCGAAGUCCUUCAGGCUCCUCAAGGAACGCUGGCCAGCCUCGUUCCAACCGUGGCCCACAUCCUGGGCGAUGUGUAUCCAGAGCUGCACAGGGAACAGAACCGGAUCAUGGACGUCAUCAAUGAGAACGAGGCUCACUUCCUGUCGUCCCUGCAGCACGGCAGCAGGCUCAUCCAGAGAACGCUCAACAGGAAGGACUACAAACAUGGCGUCUUCCCAGCCUCUGUGGCUUGGUCUCUGCACAGGGACCUGGGCUUCCCUCUGGACCUGGUGGACAUAAUGCUGGAGGAGAAGGAGGUCCAGGUGGACCGAGAGGAGCUGGACCGUCUGAUGAAGGAGAGCCAGAAGGUGACGUCUGGUCUUCAGUCAGGUGGUCCUUCUCAGGUGACUUUGGACAUCCUUAGCCUGGCAGAGCUGCAUCGUCGCGGUGUCCCUCACACGGAGGACGGUCUGAAGUACCAGUACAGACUGGACAAGGACAGAUACGUUUUCCCAGCAUGCUGUGCGACGGUCCUGGCUCUGUAUGCCGGUCACACUCUGGUGUCAGAGGUCACUGAGGGUCAGCGCUGUGGGGUCAUCCUGGAUCAGACCUGCUUCUACUCCGAGCAAGGAGGACAGUCACAUGACCGGGGCUACUUCACCCGGGACGGGCUGCAGGACGUUGUGUACCCGGUGGAGGCGGUGGUCCUGGCGGGGGGGUAUGUGGUCCAUGAAGUGACGGCCACAGACUACCUUAAGACUGGAGACCAGGUCCAGCUACACCUGGACCAGGUCCACAGGUUGUCCUGCAUGGUGAAUCACACAGCCACUCACCUCCUGAACUUUGCUCUGAGGAAAGUUCUGGGAGCUUCUGUCCAGCAGAGAGGAUCCAAAGUGUCAGCAGAUCGCCUGCGUUUUGACUUCAGUGUGAAGAAGUCUUUGGACAAAUCACAGCUGCAACAGGUAGACAGGUGUGUCAAUGACAUCAUCAGAGCCAAUCACAUUGUCCACAGCCAGGAGCUCCCUCUGAGGGAGGCCAAUAGAAUCGAGGGACUGAGGACCGUGGACGAGGUGUAUCCGGACCCUGUGCGGGUGGUGUCUGUGGAGGUCCAGGUGUCUGAGCUGUUAGAGGGCGAGACGGGCCCAGAGACGUCUGUGGAGCUUUGCUGUGGGACUCACCUGCUGCAGACCGGAGCCAUCGAGGACCUGCUGAUCGUCUCUGAGAGACAGACGGUGAAAGGAAUCAGUCGCAUCGUCGCUGUGACGCGACGGGACGCCAAACGGGCUCGGGAGGAGGGUCAAGCGUUGUCUCAGGAAGUGAGCUCACUGUCAGCCAGAAUGACAGACUCCGCCCCCUCCAGCAUAGACGCCGCCCAGCGCUUCGCAAAGGAGGUUGGACUCCUCUCUGAUGCCGUGGAUAACACCCCCCUCCCUCAGUGGCAACGCAGCGAUCUGCAGGGUCGCCUCAAAGCGCUGCAGAGGACCAGUAACACCGCCGUCAGGAAGCUGGAGGCCAGAGAGGCAGCACUGAUAGCUCAGCGUCUGCUGGAAAAGGCCGGCAGGAAGGCGCUGCAGGUGGAUUCUGUGGAGACGGACUCUCUGUCGAUUUUGAUGAAGACGGUGAACCAGCUGAGCGCUGCAGCUCCUCACAGUUACGUGAUGCUGCUCGCGCACCAAAGGCAUUCUGGGAAGGUUCUGUGUGCCUGUCAGGUACCCAAGGACUCCCCAACGCUGUCGGCAUGUGAUUGGGCGGGGGCAGUGUGUCGUCACCUUGGCGGUGUUGCUGGGGGCUCUGUGCUGGUUGCCAAGGGAACGGGGACCAGCGGCGACAUCGCCGAGGCCCUGGGGUGGGCGGAGGAGUUUGCUCGCCAGGAAACACAAUUGUGAUGAUGACAUAGCGAACAGUUGUGGAGGGAGGUGGGCGGGACUUCCUGCUGCCUGUUAGCAUGCUUAUGUUACCACAGAGUAGCAUGCUAAUGGUUAGCUUUCAGUAUGCUAGAUCUUGUCAUAGUGGAACUAAAGGUACAGGUGACUUUAAGGCCAUGUGUGAAGGUUUAUUUAUGAAUAUUAUAUAUAAAAAUAAAACGUUGUUUUAUGAUUACUGCAUUUAAUAAGAUCUUUAAUGUUUACACAACAUUAUCUGUUUUAUAACCAUUUUAUGUAACAAUAAACAACCAAACUUCA